CUUUCAUAUGCGUUCUCAGCGCAUUUUUUUUCGUCAGGUACGAUAGUAUUUUUAUAAGAUUUUCUGUCUUUAAUUUUGGAAAUUAAUCUUGUAAAUACAGUGUAUAUAUAAUAAAUCAUGAGCACACAAGCACGAUCAUCGGGCGGUGGCGGCCGGAACCAGAAGAAGACAAACAGUGUCAGUAAUAGUACUGGUAGCGGAGGUGAUUCAACAUCUGUUAAUAAUAAAAAAACAGAUUCAAACAAACCAGAAAAAGAGAAACCACAACAAAAACCGACAGCUGAACAGAUGCGCAUUGCUCAAAUAACUGAUAUCAGUAGUGGUAAUGAAGAUCCAAAAAUGCGCGAAAAAGUAACAACUUUAAUUGAGAUGACGCAACGGUCAGAAGAAGAUGUUUGUUGUGCAUUGUAUGAGUGCGAUAAUAAUUUAGAGAGGGCUGUUGUAUUUCUUUUAGAAACGCUUCCAGUGAAUGCAUUCGAAACAUCGUCAAAAAAGAAAAAGAAUCGUGUUGCAACUACAGGAAACGAAGCUGGAGGUGAUGGGGAUUGGUCUGUAGAUAGUAAUGCAAAUACAGAUAAAAAAGAAAAAACAAGAAAUCGUAGCAGUAAUAGAGGUGGACGUGGCGGUUCUGAUAGCCGAGGAUGGCGUGGAAGAGAAGCUCGUGAGAAUGAUCGUAAUGCAGCCGGAAAUGAUACAAGUCGAGACAUUAAUCGCAAUGAAAGUAGUGGUGGAUGGCGUGGUCGCGGACGUGGAACCGGAAGAGGAAGCUUCGGUGGUCGUGGUGGUAGAGGUGGUCGAAUGGGUCCGAGGGGAAUGGGAUCGAGGGAUGAUCGGGGAAGCGGGAGAGGUUAUUCUCGAAGGGAUCAAGAGCCUCCUCAGGAAGUGGAUACUUGGGACAAUACAAUAGCCCAAAAUGCAGAAAAACAACAGCAAAUGCAGCAACAAGAUGAUGCUUGGGGUGAUUGGGAUAAUGAAGAAUAUGUUGGUUCACUUAAAGACAGCAAGGUGUUUACAACAAGUAAUUUGCAAAAUACUACUUCGAGUAUAGUUGCUGGAAAUAUUGGAACUAGUAUUACAGGCGGUGGCAUUGCGUCCGAAUUGUCAGCGCCCCCUGGUUUAGAGCAGCACUUAAAUAAUUCUGCCCAAUCAUCAAACUAUGCUACUGAUGAUUUAGUUCAACAGUAUAGUACAACUGUGGUGUCAAGCACUGCGACGGCGGGAUCAGUUGCAGCCGCGACCGGAAAUCUCGUUGGAAAUGUUGUGAAUCCAGUGCAGUUUCCGGAUAUUCAUUCAGCGAAUCCCACUUCUAAUCAGCAUUUACGUGGUCUGACAGGUUUGGAUGCCGCAGCGGCUGCAGCUGCACAGCAGUUAAAAUCUGCCACACUAUCAGCAGAACAAUCUCAGUAUUUUAAUUCUUUAUCAGCUCAAAAUGCUCAGAGUCAGCAACAGCAACAAGUGCAACAACAACAAUCGGUUGUUAAUUCCUAUACAAAUUCUGGUAAUGUGCAAUAUGCAAAUACUUAUGGGAAUGUAUUUAGUGAUCAAAGUGUGGUAGCAGCAUCACAGCAACAACAACAGCAAGCUCAACAAAAUCAGCAACAGACAUCAGUUAGAAGAACUCGUGCUAAAGUUCCUCCUCCAUCUAAAAUUCCAUCAUCUGCAGUUGAAAUGCCUGGUGAUACUUUAAAUAAUAUUGGUUAUUUAGAUGUGCAAUUUGGUGGUCUAGCAUUUGGUGCGGAAGACUCUUUUGAUACGAUAACUGAUAAAUUUAAUGCAGCUACUACAUUAGAUAGUCAACAAAAUGUCAACCAAGAUGUUGCAAAUGAUUAUCAGUCAGUGAAACAAUCAGCACAGCAAUCUGCUCUGUCGGCAGCUGGUUUACAAUCUUCACAAAUCAAUGAUAAUUUAACUUCAACGUAUUCUCAAAGAGCAUCUGCAAAUGUUCAACAAAAUUCCAAUGUUGCAUCUAUGAGUUCGACCGCUACUAAUGCUUUAGAUCAAUUAACUAAGAAUGAUCCGUAUGUAACUUCAACAAACACGACUGGCAAUCAUUUGUUACAUCCAAGUUCAUAUAAUUCCAAUCAAUCUACUAAUAAAGGUACAACUGCGUAUCAAUCAUCUGGUGCGAAUCAAGGUUACAGCAGUUCAAGUUAUGCUAAUACGCAAGUUUCAUCUGGAAAUAGCUAUCAACCUUCAGCGAAUUCAUAUAAUUCAUAUAACCAAAAUUCUGUCAAUUCGUAUCAACAACAGUCGACUGGAACAGGAAAUAAUACAUCCAGUUCUGUUGUUAGUGGUGCUGUAAAUAGUGGAAAUUCAUCACAAAACAUUCCUGUCGGAGGAAAUAGCAAUUCUGUUAAUAAUUCAAGUUCUAACACAAACAGUGGAUAUUUAUCUAGCCAGUACCAAAGUAAUCAGACAACAUCAGCGUUUCCAACUCAACAAAGUGCAUACCAAAAUAGUCAAAGUGUAUAUGGAGGUACUGGAGGUCUCUCUAAUAGUUCAGGGUAUAAUACCGGUAAUUCAAAUACAUCAUCGACACAAUACGGUAAUUUCAGUAGUUCUAAGUUAAAGGAGACUUCGACUUCAUCGAGUUCCCAUUAUGACAGUGUAUCAAAUGUGACAUCAAGUAGUGUUAGUAGUACUGUUAGCUCUGUAUCAUCUUCAGUUGUUACAUCAAACGCAAACAAUAGCAUGAACUCAACGGCAUUAAGUGCAUUAGCAAAUGCUUCCAAUAAUGCAAGUAAUAAAGUUCAAACAAACUCAUCAUCAUCAACGGGUGUAUCUGGUGGCAAUAGUGUAACUGGUAGUGGUGUUAGUAGCGGUACUGGUGUAACUGGUGUUAGUGGAAAUAAUUCCACAAGCAGUAGUGCAAAUAAAAAUAGUAGUAAUGCAAGUGGAAUGGUACCAAAUAUACAAAUGGUUAGUCAAUAUAUUCAGACUGGAAUGCCAUAUUAUCAGCAGCCUGCAGUUUAUUCAUACGAGGAAGUUCAAAUGAUGCAACAGAGAAUGCCUCAUGUGGCUCAAUAUUAUGAUAUAAAUUAUCCACCAACAAGUUUAAGUGCAGCUGGAGUCAGAGAUGCUAGUUUAGGGUCAGUAACAUAUUCAGCAAUGACGGAUGGUCGAUUUACAAGAACUGAUAAUAAUUCGAGUCCAGUUAGUAAUGUUUCUAGCACAAUGUCACAACCUUCUGGGCCAAGUGGCCAAAUGUUGAAUGUUAACGUUCCUUUCUAUUAUCAUUAUGGUGGAAAUGUUAUGCCAACAGGUUUUCAAGCAUAUGGAAAUAUGACACCCGCUAUUUAUCCUCAACAAAUUCCAACUGCAAAUGCAACAUCUGGGGGCCAAUUCCCAAAACCGUCCUAUAAUAGUGGUUAUGGCUCAGCAAAUUAUGAUGCAUUAACACAAGCUGCAUCACAGGAUGCAUAUACAAAGGGUGCUUAUCCAGGUUCUGGUGUUAGUCAACAAACAAAAUCUCAAAAUGUAUCAAAUCCGGCACCAACUGGAUCAGGAACUGAUAUUACUUCAUCUAUUUAUGGAAAAAGCCAUGUAGCUUUAAAUAAAGUCAAUUCAUACGAAAAACAAAAUUUCCAUUCAGCUACACCACCACCUUUUAGCCUGACGGGAACACAGACUGCUGGAGCAACAUCUGCUCAACCAUAUGGAAUGUAUAUACAACCAUUGGCUCCACAUAAUAUGAAUAUGCACCAGCCAAUUCAUCAGAUGGACGGCAGAAUUCAUAAUUCAUCACGUCGGGAUUCAAAUAGUACUGGACAGCGUCAACAAACAUCUACUCAAAGUAAAUCAGCAACAAAACAAGGCUAUUCACCUUCAUAUUGGACUGCACAGAAUUAAAGAGAAAAAAAGAAAAAAAUUUAUAUUUAUUAAUUAAUAAUAAAUACUAAAGUACAUAACUAAAGUAAAAAAUAAAUUUAAAAUUCUUAUUAUAUAUACACACACAAAAAAAAAAAUAAAUAAAUAAAUAAAAAAAAUAUAUGCAUGUAUACAUGAAAAUAAAUAUGUAAAUAUGUGUAUAUAUUUAUUUGAGAAUGAAAUAUUAUAUUUCUUGAAAAAGAAAAAAACCGAAAUAUAUAAUGUGUAUAUAUAUAUAUAAAUGUAUGUAAAAAUAAAUAAAUAAUAUCAUUGUGCUAUGAGCAGUAAAUUUUACAACAAAAUAAUUAUUACAAAAAAAGUAAUUGUUAUAACAAACUUAAUAAAAAGUAUGUUCUUUUGCUAUAUAAAAAAAAACAGAAAGUUCAUUUUAAUUAUAAUAAAUAAAAUAAUAUUGAAAGAAAAAAAAUUGAU